UGCGGUUCAGUUCCCGCUGGUAUUUAGAGGCGCGAACAACGUUCUAAAUGAAAUAAUAUUUCAAAAAAAAAAUUAAUAUAUAUAAACAAAGUAACUAGAAACCUGUGAAUUGAAAACGAAAACUGGUUUAAUACAUAAGUGUAAAUUAUAUGAUUAGUGUAAGCUAAGUAAUUAGAAUUCCACAAAUCAGAGCGUGAUUAAAUAAUUACAAUUGAAAGCGAACUCAUUGCAGCAUUAACCGUUACACCGUACAAACCACCUGUCAAAGUUGUCAGAGUGAAGUUAAAAAUCACAACAAUAAGAUAAGCACGUGAAUAAACAAUAUUAUGAGACAAAAAGAUUAAAAAAGAAAUUAAAAAAAAAAAAAUAUUACAAAUAAAAAAGAACGAGAUAAGUUUUGUUUAUUAAGUGAAGACAGGCACUUGUAAACAAAAGAACUCAAGAAUUCGCUAACCAAUUGAUGACAGAUAAGAUUUUAAGAGGCAAAAAAAUAUCCUCAUAAGCAUACAAACACAGUAUUGUGAAAAAGUAACGGGACAUGGGCGUAACAGUGGAGGUGCGAAAUGGCAAAACCGCCAAAGAGAACGAAGCAGAUCUGGAGGGUAGUGGCGCCAAGCAGACACAUCGCACAAGCAAUCUGGAAACAGCGACUCACCUCUUCAAGGGCAGCGUCGGUGCGGGUCUCUUUGCUAUGGGCGAUUGUUUCAAGAAUGGCGGUCUCGUCGGUGCCACCGUGCUGAUGCCGAUUUUAGCGGUGAUUUGUGUGCAUUGUGAACGUAUGCUAAUAGACGGUUCAAUUUCGGUGGUGGAGAAGACAUCCGGCGUAGAUUUCUACGAUUAUCCCGAUACAGUAGAAAAAGUAUUUGAAUAUGGUCCACGUCCGGUGCGGAAAUUAUCAAAGUUGAUGCGCAUAAUUGUAGAGACAUUCUUGUGUGUAACCCAAUUUGGUUUCUGUUCGAUAUAUUUCGUAUUUAUUACGGAGAAUUUACAUCAGGUAUUACAACAAAAUGGCAUCGACAUCAGUGCGACUACAACAAUGGCGAUUACACUGCUACCCGCGAUGUUGCCAUCUUUACUCACCAAUCUGAAAUAUAUUUCACCCGUAUCGAUGUUGGCCAACUUCUCGUUAAUCUUUGGUCUCUUGGCCACGUUGGGUAUUGCACUUAAGGGACCUAUGCCAUCACCCAGUGAACGUCAUCUCAUCACGAAUGGCACACAAAUGGCGCUCUUCUUUGGUACGGCACUCUUCUCCUACGAAGGUAUUGCACUCAUACUACCAUUACGCAAUAAAAUGCGUAAUCCCGAAAAUUUCACAAGCAGAUUUGGUGUUUUGAAUAUGACUAUGGCGGGAAUAACGGCAAUUUUCAUCUUCACCGGUGUCAUUGGCUAUAUGCGUUGGGGUGAGGAGGUGGAUGGUAGCAUAACAUUAAAUUUGAACGCGGAAGAUGUCAUGUCGCAGGUUGUUAAGAUCGUCGCCGCAUUGGGCGUAUUCUUUGGCUAUCCCAUACAGUUCUUCAUCUUGAUCAAGAUCAUCUGGAAGCCCAUGAAGGAGUCGUGUGGCAUGGCGCAAAAGUAUCCCAUCUCGGUACAAGUGAUUUUGCGUUUCAUAAUGGUUUUAUGUACAUUUGGUGUCGCUGUUAUUGUACCAAAAUUGGGUCUCUUCAUUUCCCUCAUCGGCGCACUCUGCUCUACCUCAUUGGCAUUGCUAAUCCCCGUCCUACUCGACUUUGUGCUGCGCGCUGGUGUCCCAAAAGGUCUAACCACUUGGGUUUAUCUGAAGAACAUGUCUAUUAUUGUGAUUGCCUUGUUGGGCAUUGCCACCGGCACUUAUCAAAGUAUUGUAGAGAUAAUAAAAGAAUUUUAUGAUUAAAUAUGAAUUAAUAGGAAAAUAAUAUUUACAUACAUACACACAUAUUUAGUAAUACCAAUUAAGUCAAUAUUCAUAGUAUUUAUUUAUGUACCUACAUAUGUAUGUUUGAUUGUUUUUGUAUGUACUUAAGUGUAAGUAGUGUUAAGUGUUAUUGUAAUCAUAAUCAAAAUGUUUGUUGUUGUUGCCAGUGCAAUUGGGUGAGAGUAUUCAUGCAUGUGAGUUAAGUGCCUAAAUUAAAAAAAAAUAUUUCUAUAUAUGUAUGCGAGUAUAUGUGGAUUUAUCAAAAAGCUCUACAUACAUACAUAUAUACAUAUAUAAGUGUUUAGUUAAUAAUCUAAUAUACAUCUGCAUAUGAAAAGUCCUUGCCUUUCCAGUGCCGCAUAGCCCUUGGCAUGGCUGUGUAGGUAGCUGUAAUUUUUAUCGAAAUUUUGAGUAAAUUUUAGUUUUUAAGGUUUUUUACUUAAUCAUGAAGCUGUGCUAAGAUAAACACUGUGUUACUCUGUUUUAAAAAACUUGAUAGAAACAUAAAUUAUAUAUAUGUACUAUAUUUAAAUAUUUUUAGUGUU